CCGGCUCCACCUCCACCUCCACUACCACUCCACCAGCACCACAAGCCAAAGCUUCAAGAACCCAACGCGCAGCAGCAGCGUCCUACGUUACGAUCACCAUGGCCUCGCGCUACGACGUGGAGAAGGGCGGUAGGAACGGAGAGGGGGAUUACUCGGCGCCGGCGCCGGCGCCAGGGCAGUACCCGCAGCGCGAGGGGGAGAGGGAGAGGGAGUGGGUGCCGUGGUUCGUGCCGGCCAUCGUGGCCGCCAACAUCGCGCUGUUCGCCGUGGCGAUGUACGUCAACAACUGCCCCGCCCACGCCGCCUCCUCGCGCCGCGGCGGCGGGGCCUGCGUCGCUGGGUUCCUCCGACGCUUCUCCUUCCAGCCGCUCAGCGAGAACCCGCUCUUCGGCCCUUCGUCGGCCACUCUACAGAAGCUGGGAGCACUUGAGUGGGACAAAGUUGUGCAUGAACACCAGGGAUGGAGGCUCGUGACAUGCAUCUGGCUGCACGCCGGCGUUCUGCACCUGCUAGCCAAUAUGAUCAGCCUCGUGCUCAUCGGACUCAGACUUGAGCAGCAGUUUGGAUACGUGAGAAUUGGUAUCAUCUACCUUGUUGCUGGCGUCGGGGGCAGCGUGCUUUCGUCUCUAUUCAUCAGGAACAACAUCUCUGUUGGCGCUUCUGGAGCUCUGUUUGGACUGCUUGGAGCCAUGCUGUCGGAGCUCUUCACCAACUGGACCAUUUACGCAAACAAGGCUGCAGCUCUGCUGACCCUCUUGGUCGUCAUCGCGAUCAACCUCGCGAUAGGCAUCCUCCCGCACGUCGACAACUUUGCGCACAUCGGAGGAUUUCUCACUGGUUUCCUCCUCGGAUUCAUCCUCCUCGUGCGCCCGCAUUACGGCUGGAUGCAGCGCUAUGUCCUGCCUUCCAACGUCAAGUACACCACCAAGAAGUACCUGGCUUAUCAGUGGGUGUUGUUGGCCGUGGCUUCCAUCCUCGUUGUCAUCGGAUUCGCGGUUGGGAUGGGGAUGCUGCUCAGAGGAGUGAACGCGAACGACCACUGCCAGUGGUGCCACUACCUCAGCUGCGUUCCGACCUCGAGAUGGAGCUGUGGCAAGUGAAUUUGUGCAGACACCAGGGACUAAAGCCAGGAGACGGGCCAUGAGCGCAUUUUUCGCGCAAGCAUUUCGACGCAUAGAUACAACAUUUACUGUACAUAAUGUCAGAAGAUGACUCCCCGAGUUUAUGAGUUAUGAUGUUAUGACUACCUGAUUUAUUGAUGAUUCAUUCUGUUAAUUCAGCUAUUUGAAAUGCGUGAA